AUUUUGUCAUUGGACAAAAAUUUUUUUUUGUUUUACUAUGCCAAUGAAUCUUUAGUGGGUACACAGAAUUAGGGGUGUUUAACCAGUUGAUCUGGUACAUUGAUUCCAAACCGAACAUUAUUUCUGGAGCUGUGAGUUUAUUGACCUUUCAGCAGUGAAAUACAUUUCACCUAUGAAUUCAUUUAUGAAUCAUGAAUUCAUGUUCCUGUUACUGCAAUGAUGAGGAAACAUUGCUUAAAUUUUGGAUUAUUUUUGGCUAAUCAAAAUGCUUCUUUAGUUGUAACAUCACAUUAUUUUCUCCCUGCAGCUAAGAUUAUCAAUUGGAAACAAGGCAAGGAAAAUCAAAAAACCAUAAAAGGAUAAGAAAUAAUUAAUUUCAUUGAGGAAAAACAUUCUAGUCAAUGAAAAUAGAAACCCAGCAGGGCAGGUGAAAUAACUUUGAUCUUAGUUUUAAUGUAUGACCAUUGUAUCAGAGAUGAUGUGCUCCCAAUAUUCUCCAAUGAAAACAUAUGGCUGAUUUUAGCUGGUUUUUUAUCAACAUAAAGUUUGCAGGUUUUAUUUUUUUGAAGUAGAUUCUUCAGCUUGAUAGUUAUGAAUAAAAAUUCAGUUUGCAUAUGUUUUCAGCAUGUAAAUUCAGCUGUGCUACAAUUUUUUUGUUUUAAUCAAGGGUUAAAUAUUUGUAAUAUACUUGUAGGUAUGUAUUGAAAAUUCUAAUAAUAAAUGAAAUAUAGACCCUUAAACCAUCAGAAUAGAUAAACCUUCAUAAAAUUAUUCUUAAUUUUACAAAAUAAAAACUGGAACAAAAUACUGUUGAAUCUUGUGCUGAAAUCAGGUUUUCUGGUCACAAUUGACAAAGAUCUGCAGAGAAUGAAUGGCAGUUCUAAUAUUCAAUCUGCAUUUCAUCCUUAAAUCUAGUAUUUUCACAUCAUGGCUUAUCCAAAGAUUCAGUUUGCAUCCCUUCCUGUAAAUUUGAAACCUGCUUUGAUUGAAAAGAUUCAAGGUUUGCAAGGAAUAGUGCUUGAUCUCCACCACGUUCAGUUUAAUGAACAGUGUACUCACUUGGUGGUUCAGAAUGACCACUUUAGACCAACUGAGCGCCUUUUGGCUUGUUUGGCUGCAGGCAUAUGGAUUGUGCGCAUGUCUUGGGUGGAGGCAAGUUGUUUGAGUGGCUAUUGGGUGUCUGAAGAACCUCAUGAGUGCAUGGGGGGCCAUGGAAUUACACGAUAUCACAGACUGAGAGCUAAAGCUGCAAUGGAAUCUGCUGGACGAGGAUGUGCAUUGCCUGGCUUGAUUGCUAAUAACACUUCCAGCAUUGACAGCAUCAAACAUCGGGGGAUCCUCUCGGGCUGGACAAUGUAUGUUCGUGUCAAACAAUCAUCUGACAGCAGAUCAUUUAGGAGAGUAUUGUCAGCUGCUGGAGCUGAAGUUGUGAGUAGCUCAGAUUUCGCAUGUUCCCGAGAUCGUCUGAAUCUAGUGCUGUGUGAUAAUGAAAGCAUUGCUGUGCUAAGACCUCUCCUGGGUCCAGGCACACUCAUUGCUCAUCACAAUUUCUUGAGGGAUAUACUGCUAUGUCGCCAUGAUCCAGCUAAGAUUCAGCCAUAUCUCUACCCAGCCCAUAGUAGGCCAAGUAUGCAGAGUGCUGGAUCGGCUGAUCAACCUUUGAUUCUGGAUGGAGCCUCUUCAUUCACUCCAAGGAAGUCAACCCCUGUCACUGCAACUACAGCUCGUCGCCCUACAACAUUACUGCGGCGUAAUAGAAUUCAAAAUAAUGGUUCGAUCACAGAAUAUUUGUCUCCGUCCAAACCUCCCAACAGAGUACAAGAAAUCGUUAUUUUAGAUGAAGCUGAUGAUGCUACCCAUGAACUGGUGAAUCUAACUGGUGAGACAAUUCUUCCACAGAAAUUGUUCUCUGAUAUUAUUGUAGUCAGUGAUGAUGAAGAAGACAACCACCCUUCAAAAAAAUUGAAACAUACUUCGUCUACCACUACAACACCUAAAACAACGUAUACUACCUCUACUGGAAUUGAUGAUGAAAUUGAAGUGCUAAAAAUUUUGACACAGCCUUCUGGGCUAAAUUCUCAUAGAAGAGAUUGCAGCUACUUGGGCAAGUCUUCUAGCAGAUCAGGAAUUUUAAACUUGCACGAUGUGAAGAAUGAAGAUGACUGUUGUAUAACUGAAGUGCAAAAAAAUGUAGCAAAGAGCAGUUUUUUUAAUAACCUGCCCAAAGCUCUGUUUGACUCAAAGCCAUCUGUAAGCCAGCUCAAUCUAAAGAGUGAAGACGUUAAUUUGAAGCUAGGGCUGCUCAAGUUUGAGAAAGGCCUCCAAAAAGUACUUGCAGCACAUAACUUGGGAUCUGCUUCAGCUAACCCAAUUUCUUCCUUGAAGUUGGAAACUCCUGAUGCUGAAGAUGACAAGAAGUUUAAUGUUAAAUUAGAACCUCUCAAGAUUGAGUUGGACACAAAAGAAAAUGUUGAAGUAAACAAAGCAUUAGAUUUGCCUCCUAAUGGUACCAUCCCUCCUCUGACGUGUUCCAGUCCUGCUUCAGCUCCUUCUGCCCCUCCUUGCCAGGCACCAACUGAAGGCCUUGUCAAUACCUCUGUUGAUUCGUCGUUGUCUAUGUCUUCCAAUUCAGAAAAUGGUUUCACCGGAGGAAGAAUUCCUCAUUGGUUAACACGCAAUAUGAUGGGGAAAUUUUUGGAAAGAAGUUAUUCUUGUCGUGAAAUAUUUGGAAGUUCUUUUGACUGUUGCUUCCCGACUCAGCUUGAUCCUGUGCUUGCUCCCUACUGCAGAGUUCAAAAAAGCACUGAAGCCAGUCUUUACUGCUAUACCACUGGAAUUAGAAUCAUUCUGGGUAUGUUCAGCUAA